GAAGUGUCCGUGCAUCUCGGUCGUCUUGGAGUGAAAAUCAAACGCACCCCUCAGUCAACCGGGAAGCGGAAGUUUGGAAACAGGAAAAUAACAUCUUUGAAAAAAUAAUCAGAGAAGUUUGGACUAUUUAAUUCAAGGAAAAUGAGCAGAAUUUAUUACAACGAGUCUUUACAGAACAAACCGGUACACAAUGAAAAGCUGGACCGGGUGUGGUCGCCGUCUGCCUAUGAAAGCGGUCCUGGUGUUCUUCUGGAAGGAACGCUGCUGGACGUUUCCAGACACUCCAUCAGUGAUGCCAGCGGCCAGAAGUUUCGUUUCUUCGUGCUGUACAUCAAACCCGGACGCAUCCACCAGAGGAAGUUUGAUGCCAGCGGGAAGGAGGUGGAGCCGAACUUCAGUGACACCAGGAAGGUCAACACCGGCUUCCUCAUGUCCUCCUACAAGGUGGAGGCUAAAGGCGAGUCGGACUGCCUGAGUGAGAGUCAGCUCUCAGCCAUGGUGAACAAACCCGAGCUGAUGACGAUAACCCACAAGCACGGACCCGCCGGGACCUGGGCCUUCUGGUACCCGGAGUCUGAGAUGGAGAAAACGGAGCUGCAGACGGGGCAGGAGGUCCGCCUGAAGACCAGAGGGAACAGCCCCUUCAUAUUCUCUCUGGCCAAAGUGGACGGUGGAACAGUAACAAAGUGCAACUUUGCUGGAGAUGAGAAGGCCGGAGCGUCGUGGACCGACAAGGUCAUGGCCAACAAGGGAAACGUCAGCAGCUCUGAGAAACUCCAAACCGGAGGAGGAGAAGGAGCAGAGGAGGACGAAUGGGACGACUGAGGAGAGCAGCUUCCACGUCUGCGGACCAAAAACUUGUCCUCCUUCAGUCCAGACUGCAAUCCAACCGACAGCCUCCGGUCUGCCUGCAUCUUCAAACCAACCAAGCAAAGGUUUCUAAGACGUUCCGGCCGGAUGAGGCGCUCUCUGUCAGAACAGAACUGUAAAGACAACAGCACCUGAAAAUCAUGUGUGUGGAGACCGUGCCACACUGAUACGAACAUUAUCAAAACUUCUCAUUUCUACUUUCUGCUUUCCUGUUGUGAGGUGUACUGCACAUGCUCAGUUGGAUUUAACUCUCCAGACCAAAGUUUUAAAUGAUUUUCUUCCUCAAUAGUUGUGUAGAUAUUGUAAAGCUGUUCUGUUUUAAAGAAAGAUAAGCAGCGGGUUGUAUAACAUGGAAUUUAACAGGAACUUGGGCUUUUUUUUACUGCUUUACUUUUUUGAUAAGUCAUUAAAGAUUCCAGAAAUUAAACAUUUCAAAAUGAA